AUGGCCCACCUGCCAACCCUGUCAACCCGCGGUGCCCUUCCCGCGACCGGCGACGCUCGGCCAUGUCGCGCAUCACGUUGGUUUCUGUGGACUGGGAGCCAUGGGCUACUUCAUGGCGCGCAACCUUGCAAAGACCCGCUCACGCACGCUGCACCGAGCCCACUCAAGGUCUACAAUCGAUCGGUGGGCAAGUGUGAGCAGCUGCAGAAGGAGCUCGGCGCGGACAAGGUCCAGAUCUGCGACAUCAUCUUCACCAGUCUCGCGAACGACGCGGUUGUGAAGGGCGUGUACGAACAAUACGCGCAGCGCUCAAGGUGCGCCAAGCCGCCAACAAAGAAGAAGAUUAUUGUAGAGAUGAGCACUGUCUACCCUUCCCUGGUUGCUGGAUACUUCCUAAGUGGGAUUCCCCACACCCACCUACUCUCCGGACCUGUCUUCGGUCCCCCAGCCGCCGCUGAUGCGGGCGAUCUCGUGUGCGUCCUUGCGGGCGAAUACCAGGCGAAGCAGGAGGUUGCGUAUGUCCUAGUCCCCGGUGUGGGUAAGAAGGCGAUGGACUUGGGCGGCAACCUCGAGAAAGCCCCAACUUUCAAGCUCAUCGGAAACUCGAUGAUCCUCGGGUCGCUCGAGAUCCUCGCAGAAGCGUUCACGCUCUCGGAGAAGACAGGCAUAGGCUCUGCGACGACGUACGAACUGAUCAAGGAUCUCUUCCCGGCGCCAUCCUUCAUCAACUACGGCAACAGGAUGGCAACCGAUUCCCUUGAUGGACAGCAUGGCUUUGCAGUUGACGGUGGUUUGAAGGACGCCAGUCACAUGCGUAGACUCUUGACGGAGUACAACUCACCCAUGCCAAUGAUCGACGCCGCCCACAAUUACCGCCUCACAGCGCGGGCUAUCCACCAGGAACAGAAGAAGCGUGGGGAGCAAGAGUUUGACAUUCUAGACUGGAGUGGGCUGGUCGCUGGUACCAGGGUUGCGGCAGGCAUGGACGCCUUCAGCAGUGCUCAGUCUGCGAAAGUCGUCAAGGAGUAA